AUGGCAGAGCCCUGCCCGGUGCCCACCGCCAGCCCUCCGUGGCAGGACACAGCCCUGCACCCGGCCCCGGGGCCACAAACCCGCCCCAGGGACAAGUGGAGCAAAAAGAUGGAUUUCCUGCUCUCGGCCAUCGGAUUCGCUGUGGAUCUGGGCAACGUGUGGCGGUUCCCUUACAUCUGCUACCAGAACGGAGGGGGAGCCUUCCUCAUCCCAUACACGCUGAUGGCUGUUUUCGGAGGGGUUCCCCUCUUCUACAUGGAGCUGGCGCUGGGGCAGUUCCACAGGAUGGGCGCCAUCCCCAUCUGGAAGCGCAUCUGCCCCAUCUUUAAAGGCAUCGGCUUUGCCAUUUUCAUCGUUAGCCUCUACGUCUCCUUCUACUACAACACCAUCAUCGCCUGGGCUCUCUACUACUUGUACUCGUCCUUCUCGGGCUCCCUGCCCUGGGCGAGCUGCGACAACCCCUGGAACACACCCCAGUGCACCAACUACUUCGGGAGGAGCAACGUGACCUGGACCAACUCCUCCAGGUCCCCCGCAGAAGAGUUUUAUACGAGGAAGGUCCUGGAGAUCCAGAAGUCUGGGGGUCUGUAUGACGUGGGGGGGAUCCGCUGGCAGCUGCUCCUCUGCCUCUUCCUCAUCUUCACCAUCGUCUACUUCAGCCUGUGGAAAGGGGUGAAAACCUCUGGGAAGGUGGUGUGGGUGACGGCCACGCUGCCCUACGCUGUCCUGCUCAUCCUGCUGGUCCGAGGGGCCACCCUGCCCGGGGCAUGGAGAGGGGUCGUCUUCUACCUGCGCCCGGACUGGGGCAAGCUCCUGAGCACCGCGGUUUGGGUCGAUGCUGCCACGCAGAUCUUCUUCUCCUUGGGCCCUGGAUUCGGCGUCCUUCUCGCUCUGGCCAGUUACAACCCUUUCCACAACAACUGCUACCGGGACGCGCUGGUGACCAGCGCAGUGAACUGCCUCACCAGCUUCCUCUCGGGCUUCGUCAUCUUCACCGUGCUGGGCUACAUGGCUGAGAUGAGGGACGUGGAGGUGGAAGAUGUCGCCAGAGAUAAAGGGCCGAGCCUCCUUUUCAUCACCUACCCUGAAGCGAUCGCCAGCAUGGUGGGAUCCACCUUCUUCGCCAUCAUAUUCUUCCUGAUGAUGAUAACGCUGGGGCUGGACAGCACGUUUGGGGGCUUGGAGGCCAUGAUCACAGCCGUGAUGGAUGAGUACCCACAGGUCCUGGCCGGGCGACGGGAGCUCUUUGUCCUCAGCCUCAUCACCAUGUGUUUCCUGGGCUCCCUGAGCACCCUCACCUACGGGGGAGCCUACGUGGUGAAGCUGCUGGAGGAGUUCGGAGCUGGCUGCUCCAUGCUGGCAGUGGUGCUACUGGAAACCAUAGCUGUGUCCUGGUUUUAUGGGAUACAGAGGUUCUCCCAUGAUGUGAAAGCCAUGCUGGGCUUCACCCCAGGCAUGUUCUGGAAGGUGUGCUGGGUGGCCAUCAGCCCUGCCUUGUUAGCGCUCCUAGUGAUCAGCUCCCUCCUGGACCAGCCGCUGCUGACCCUCUUUGACUACCAGUACCCUGAGUGGAGCAUCUCGGUGGGGUAUCUCAUAGGAGCAUCGUCCUUCAUCUGCAUCCCCUUCUACAUGGUGUACAAGCUCAUCUGGACGCCAGGGUCCCUCAAGCAGCGCCUCGCCGUCUGCCUGCGGCCGGAGAAAGCCGCACGAGCCCCGCAGGCAGAGGCCGUGCCCAUGACUCCUGUGCUGUAG